GAAUCGUGGCUGUGUGCGUUUUUUGAUUAGUUGUCAACUCGUUUAGCUGAUUCGUAAGCACAAGUGGAAAUCCAGAAUGGGUCUUACAAUUUCUAGUGUUUUAACCAGGCUUUUCGGAAAAAAGCAAAUGAGAAUAUUGAUGGUCGGUUUGGAUGCCGCCGGUAAAACCACUAUUUUGUACAAGUUGAAACUGGGAGAAAUUGUGACGACCAUUCCGACCAUCGGCUUCAACGUAGAGACGGUCGAGUACAAGAAUAUUUGCUUCACCGUUUGGGAUGUGGGCGGCCAGGAUAAGAUUCGUCCACUGUGGCGCCACUACUUUCAAAAUACGCAAGGACUGAUUUUCGUUGUGGAUUCAAACGAUCGCGAGCGAAUUGUGGAAGCUGAAAAAGAACUACAAAGUAUGCUCCAGGAAGAUGAACUACGAGACGCAGUUCUGCUAGUGUUCGCCAACAAGCAGGAUUUACCGAAUGCUAUGACUGCGGCGGAGUUGACCGACAAGUUGCAUCUUAAUCAGCUCAGGAACAGACACUGGUACAUUCAGGCGACCUGCGCCACUCAGGGUCAUGGAUUAUACGAAGGCCUAGACUGGUUAUCCAAUGAACUAGCCAAGAAAUGAUGUGCUAGUGUCGAGAGGGGGCGUUAAUCAUCUGCAAACAUUUACAGCACGCGUAAGCCGGUUUUUAUUCCCGUAAACAACUUACCUAUCCAUCUAUAUUUUGUACGGUUGUUUGCAUUUUUUGUUUUCUACAAAAGAAUAAGGAACACAAUUAUUUUAUGUUCAAUUGCGGAGCGAGAGAGUAAUUAAAAAGAAUAUAUCAGAAAUCUUAAUUUCCAUUUAGAUUAAACAAGUUGUCAGUAAUGUUUUCAAAUUAUUCCGUUGUAGCAACA